UCUACUAUCAAUUCAUUGCUCCUUUCAGCCUAUCCAACCUGCAGUCUGGCAGGCCCUGUUCUGUUCCGUUCUCGCUAGACUUUCUGGUGCCCCAGUCAAGAGUAUUCCUCAUCCAUCUACUACGUUUUCUCGCGUGGCAUUUCAAUCUCCCGUUCAUUACCUUGAUUCAAGAGCUUAGUACCUUGAGAUAGAAAGUGACAAGAUGGAUGAGAAGUGACAAGGAGAGUAAUGAUCCAGAGCUUGCAUCAGGCAUUUUUCUGAUUGGCUUGGAGGGGGAUGGACGAUGCCCCACUAUGUGCUCAGCUCCAAGGUGCGUGGGUCUUCAGCCGAGAAUUAGGCGACUGUAUCAUCCUGGUCGUGGUGCACUGACCGUCAACCCCCACCAGCGAACGACCUUGGGACAACUUCCGUGGGUACCUCUCCCACUGGCGCCUGAGCUUCGUACGAUCAUCCCAAGCUGCGCCCUGUGUUUGUGAACCUCCGACUUUCUCUCGAUCGAGAUAUCCCGUGCCGUCUCCUCAGUCUUGUCCCUUGGCAAUAUAAGUUCCAAUCCGCACUUUGGGCUUUUUGCGUCCUCCGCCCUCAGAUUCGUCGGAGCGCAAGUUCGCCGCCUCUGCUCAGGGUCUCUUCGGCUACGCGCCCCAACCGCCGGCAAAAUGGAAGAGGUACUCCUCUACUUCGAGCACGAGAACCAUGCUACCGACGAGGUCUACGAUAAGACUGUGAAGAAUCACAUCACUAGAAUCACCCGUCUAUUCAAGGACCAGGCGCCUGCUAUUGUGGCCAGCGCCCCGCGCCUGCUAGAGAUUGUCAACCCCGCCAGCCACUCGAUCUCGCAUCUUGCGAUUCUGAACACGCUCAAGCAUAUUGAAGAGGCUUCCCUCCCGAUAUCAAUCGACGCCUUUCGCGAGUAUGUUGCUCGGUUCUUGUUGUCAUACGACGCUCGGCAGAUACGCUAUGUUGGUGACGUCUUCUACGAUUUGGUCAAGGAUGUCUCCGAGUGCAAGCUCUUCCCGGCACGCCAGUCAAUCGAGAUCGUUGUUGCCGCCUUGGGGCGACUUGACCCAGAUUCCGCCAUGCUCACAAGUCUCCACCUCGCUGUGGUCAAGCUAGCAUACGAAACGGCAAACUGGGACGAGAUACUGCCAAUCAUAGAAAAGUCUUGGGUCUUUCUCCCGGGCAUGAAGGACCAGGCCCGUUCAAAGUAUCUCUGCGACCUGACGGCUUCACCAGCUGCCUACAUCAGCCCAUCCACACAGCUGACGGAUUACCUGACCCGCGAAGGAGUAAUGGAACACGAGUACAUCUCUGCUAUGAUCUUCACGGCUAAGCAUAAAUGGGCGAAAGCACACGAGGCCUACCAGAGAAUCGUCACCUGGCCCUCAAGAGAGUCGUCCGUGAGCAAGUUGAUGACCGAUUCUCACAAGCGGUGGAUUCUUACCGGCCUUUUGGCCCUCGGCCAGGCACCGAUACUACCAUCCCACAUCAGCUCGAGUGUUCAAAAAUCCUACACAGCCCUUUCGAAGCCCUAUGCGGACGUGGCAGUCCAGUUCUCGACCGCCAACGUGGAACAGCUCAAGACUGAGAUCGAGAAAGGAGCAGAGACAUGGGUGACCGACCAGACGACCACCCUUAUGAAGGAAGUUGUCUUGGCGUAUCAGAAAUGGCAGAUCCUUGGCCUUGCGGACGUGUACCUUAAGAUCAGCGUCCCGGAGAUCCGUCAGCAGACGUUCAGCGCCGAAACAGCCCAGAACCUCGAGACCGAUGACGAGGUCGAGGGGCUUUUACAGGAGAUGGUCAAUAUCGGAAUGCUCCAAGGAUCGCUAGAGAUCAGUCCUGAUGGCACGAAAUGCCUUACUUUCCUCUCACGCGACGAGGAAAUUGAGUACACCGAGUACCAGAAGAAGAUCAAAGAUGACACGCGAAUCAAGAUUCUCAACAAGCUCACUCAGGAGAGCGACGCUCGUCUGGCCUCCUCCAAGGACUUCGCCAAGCACAUUCUUCGCGAGCAGAAGCGGCUGGACAAGGAUGGCGGCCAGUCCCAGAAUGUCGAGCUCGGCUUUGAUGCAUCCAUCGAGGAUGAGGACCUUAUGUCGGGUCUCCGUCAGGAUUGAACGAUCAGGCUCAGUGGGCCUAAAUAGCUCGACAUUCUUGUCGAGGGCGAGGUGUUGAUAUUUUCAAGACGUCUCUGUGUCUUAUUUUUACGAAGUAACGAAGACAUUGGGAGCGGGUGAGGGGAGGGAUCUCUCUAUGAUAAAACUGAGAGGCCGACAUCGUGAUGGCGCGGGGGUUGCGUUCGACAUGGACUCGAGAGAUUAUCGUUACGAGAGAUGGGUGACAUCAGGCCGGCGUUACGAGAUCAGGUGCAUCAGGGGGGAAUCACUGUGCCUACCAACAUGAGGCAUUUCCACCAUACAUCAAGACGAGCUCGGGUCUGUAAGACUCGGAAACUAGGCAAGGCCGGACAAAAAUGAUAUUAUCGUCUGCCAUUCAUUCUUUUCCCGCGCAUUAAAAACAUGUAUUGGACAGUUGUGUGACCACCGACCUUUUGCCUCGUAGCUCAUCAAAUUCUGCCCACCCCUGCCCGCCAAAUUUCUGUUCAUUCUGCAUGCAUAGAUGCAAUUUAACCGCCUACAGUGUCUGUACAGAUACAGCCCCCCCCCCCCCCCCUUUCU